CUCCUCGCCCAUUGACUGACAGGCAACCACCUGCCCGUCGCCAUCCGCGCCCGCCUCCACUCCCACUCCUGCACGCGGGCCGCGCACGGCCUGCCCACGAGACGUCACCACUUACCAGUACGCCGCUCGCUGGCUGCACCUGCGCCCGGCAAGCGAGAGGCAUCGCGUGUCCCUUGCUUCGUCCGCACGUGCCUUGGCCCCUCCGCUCCCGUUGCCCACCGAGAAGAGGAUCGAGGCGAUGCAGCAGGAGCCGUGGCGGCCUGCCGGGGUGGGGGCGGGGCCUGCGCCCACCACCGUCGACGAGGCGUCCAUGGAGCGCAGCAAGAGCUUCGUCAAGGCGCUCCAGGAGCUCAAGAACCUGCGGCCGCAGCUCUACUCGGCCUCGGAGUACUGCGAGAAGUCCUACCUCCACAGCGAGCAGAAGCAAAUGGUGCUGGACAACUUGAAAGAUUAUACUGUCAGGGCCCUGGUCAAUGCUGUCGACCACCUUGGCACAGUCGCCUACAAAUUGACAGACCUGUAUGAACAGCAGGCUUCAGAAGUCGCAACCCUUGAGUUGAAAGUAGCAUGCUUGAACCAGCAAGUCCUCACCUGCCAAACUUACACGGAUAAAGAAGGCCUUAGGCAACAGCGGAUGAUGGGGUCUGCCACAAGACACCACAAACAUUACAUCGUACCAUAUGCGGGAAAUAAAAGUAUGCAGGCUUUUUCUGAGAUGCAAGUCGACGCUAAUUUUGACUCAACGCCUAGACCUUAUUCUUCAGCAAAGACCCUCCAGUGGCAUUUGGUUUCUGAGAAGAACUCCAAAACUAAUAGACCACAUCAGCCUGAAUUCGACCUAGGAGAAUCAAAAGCUACUAAGCCUUCAUCAAGUGGUUUUCGCCUUCUUGGUAAGGAAUCACCUGCAUCUCCCUUACCCAAGCAUCUGCAGUCCAACAUGACCGGCUUGGAUAUCGUUAACGUCGGCCUGAAGGAUCGGCCUGGUACCAGGCCUUUGUCAUCAUUUAGUUCUUUUGACAACCCAAGAGGGCGCCAAAUCCAGAAGGCUCCGCUCCGCACAAAAAGUAUGCUUGCUGCUUUGUUUGUCAAGCACAAAUCGGCAAAGAUGAAGAACGUUUCUGUUCGUUGAUCAACUGCCAGCCUGCAAUUUGCUCCAGCCAUAUCACAGUGAAAGUAUGAAGCACAUGGAAGAAACUAUGUAUACAUGUCGUAAAUUAUAUUUUUAUCUUGUAUACGAGUGGCCUAGAGAUAAAUCUUUACUGAUACCAUUUUCAUCUGAGUCUUAAUGUCAUCUUGCUGAUGACCUAAAUGGACAUACAAUGAUAGUUUUAUACC